CUUCUCACUUGCCAUAAUCCUCCUUUCACUACAUCCAUGACCCCUGACCCCGAGAAGCCACCGCCAGAAGGAAAGAUGGCGGCGGCGUGGUCGGCAAACGGGUAUCUGCGGCGGGCCUUCCGCAGGGCUCCGGGAUGGAAAAGCCCCUGUCCCAGGACCCGGCCCCACCGCCGUCAGCUCUCCUCACACCCUCCCCAGCCUUCGGCCUCGGCUGUCCGAACUGCCUUCCUUCACUUCUUCCGGGAUCGUCAUGGCCACCAGCUAGUGCCCUCUGCCUCCGUAAGGCCUCGCAGCGACCCUGGCCUGCUCUUCGUCAAUGCGGGAAUGAACCAGUUCAAACCAAUCUUCUUGGGCACAGUGGACCCUCGAAGUGAGAUGGCCCGGUUCCGGCGAGUAGCCAACAGCCAGAAGUGUGUUCGGACAGGAGGGCGACAUAAUGACCUGGAGGAUGUAGGCCGAGACCUUUCCCACCACACCUUCUUUGAGAUGCUUGGCAACUGGGCAUUUGGAGGUGAAUACUUUAAGGAAGAGGCCUGCAGCAUGGCUUGGGAGCUGUUGACCCACAUCUAUGAGAUUCCUCAGGACAGGCUGUGGGUAACUUACUUUGGUGGUAAUCCUCCUGAGGGACUGGCCCCAGACUACGAAAGCAGGGAUAUCUGGCUCAGCUUGGGGGUACCUUCUUCCCGGGUGCUUCCCUUUGGACCAUCAGAAAAUUUCUGGGAGAUGGGAGAGACAGGACCUUGUGGACCCUGUACUGAAAUCCACUAUGAUCUAGCAGGAGAAGUGGGUCCUCCCCAACUGGUAGAGCUCUGGAAUCUGGUCUUCAUGCAGUAUAACAGGGAGGCAGAUGGAAGCUUGCAGCUCCUGCCCCAGCGGCAUGUGGACACCGGCAUGGGCCUGGAAAGGCUGGUGGCUGUGUUGCAGAACAAACAUUCUACAUAUGACACAGACCUCUUCUCCCCACUGCUUACAGCUAUCCAGCAGGGCUGCAGGGCCCCCCCAUAUCAGGGCCAGGUGGGGAAGGCAGAUGGGGGACGCACAGACAUGGCAUACCGUGUGGUGGCUGACCACAUCCGCACCCUGAGUAUCUGCAUGGCUGAUGGGGUUUAUCCUGGCAUGUCUGGAGCCUCACUGGUUCUCCGCCAGAUCCUUCGUCGAGCCAUUCGUUUCUCCUCAGAGGUGCUCCAGGCACCUCCGGGCUUUCUGAGCAGCCUGGUGCCCAUCGUUGUGGAGACACUGGGAGAUGCCUACCCAGAGCUGGAGAAGAGCACAGCCCAGAUUACCAGCCUGGUGGCAGAGGAAGAGACUGCCUUCCUCUCUUCCCUAGAGCGAGGCUGCCGCAUCAUCAAUCGGACCCUGCAGCAGCUGGGCCCCUCUCACCUGUUCCCAGCUGACGUAGCCUGGUCCUUGUCUGGGAACCUGGGGCUGCCUCUGGAUCUAGUGGGGCUGAUGCUGGAGGAGAAGGGUGUGCAGCUGGACUCAGCUGGUCUGCAGCGGCUGGCCCAGGAGGAGGCCCAGCGGCGGAGCCAAGCCCAGCAGGCCAAGCCAGCAGAGAAAACGGAGCUGCGCCUGGACAUCCACGCCCUGGGCCACUUGCAGAGGCAGGGGGUCCCCCCGACAGAUGACUCCGCCAAGUAUAACUACUCAUUGUUGCCUAACGGCUGUUACGAAUUUGGAGCCUGUGAAGCUGAGAUCAUACAGUUGUAUACACUAGAUGGGGCGGCCAUAGGCUCAGUGGGGGGAGGUCAACGUUGUGGCCUUCUCCUGGACAAGACCAACUUCUAUGCUGAACAAGGGGGCCAGGCUUCUGACCGGGGCUAUCUGAUAUGCAAAGGGCAACAAGAUGUGCUAUUCCCAGUCAUUGGGGCUCAGAUUUAUGGAGGUUUCAUUCUUCAUGAAGUGAUAGCCCUGGAGACCUUGAAGGUGGGAGACCAAGUCCAACUGUAUGUGGAUGAGGAAUGGCGUCUGGGCUGCAUGAAGAAACACACAGCCACCCAUUUGCUGAGCUGGGCACUGCGGCAAGAGCUGGGCCCACACACACAGCAGUGUGGCUCCCACCUGAGCCCCGAGAGACUCCGCUUUGAUGUGGCCACCCUGACUCCAUUGACAUCUGAGCAGCUUCAGGCAGUGGAGGAGACCGUCCGAGGGGCUGUGGGGCAGGACAAACCUGUGUACAUGGCUGAGGUGGCUCUGGAGCUAACCACCCAAAUUCCAGGCUUGCGCUCACUUGAUGAGAUCUACCCUGACCCUGUGCGGGUGGUGUCCGUGGGGGUACCUGUAGCCAGUGCCCUGGCCCCCACCUCCCAGGCUGCACUGCAGACAUCUGUAGAACUGUGCUGUGGCACGCACUUGCUACGUACCGGGGCCAUUGGAGACCUGACUAUUGUUGGAGAAAAACCACUGUCCAAGGGCAUCGUCCGCCUGGUCGCUGUCACAGGGGAGCAGGCCCAGCAGGCCCGCGAUGUUGGCCAGAAUCUGGCUCAAGAAGUUGAAGCGGCUUCAGCUCGACUGCACCAGGGGAGCCAAGAUGUUAUGGAGGCUCAGCGUCUGUCCAAGGACGUGGGGCGGCUCAGUGAUACAGUAGACACGGCUGUGAUGCCCCAGUGGCAACGUCGGGAGCUGCAGGCCGUCCUAAAGAGACUGCAGCGCCGUGCCAAUACUGCUGUCCGAAAACUGGAGAUAGGGCUGGCCACAGCAAAAACCCGAGAGAUACUGAAGAAACACCCUGUAGGCCCCUUUAUUGUGGACACAGUCCCAACUGAAUCCCUCUCGCUGCUAGUGAAGGUGGCGAAACAGCUGUGUGAGCAAGUCCCGGGUGCCUCCGUGUUACUGCUCAGCCCCCAGGCCCCAGGGAAGGUGCUCUGUGCCUGCCAGAUGGCCCAGGACGCAGUACCCACUCUCACCGCUGAAACCUGGGCAUCGGCCGUGUGUAGCCACAUGGGAGGCAAGGCCUGGGGCUCCCAAGCUGUGGCUCAGGGAUCGGGGAACACCAGUGACCUGGAAGCUGUGCUGAACAUGGCUCGGGCCUUCGCCCUCAACCAACUCUAACCCAGGACUGUUGGGUGAAGAGGAGCAGGGAGGCCCAGUGGGGUGGGAACCAGAGGCCUUGGUGCCCAGUGACUAAGAAACCAAGGACGAGUCAGUCAGGAGCCCAGGAGAGCCUCAGCUUAACUGUGGGUCCUUCAUCUGUGCCAGUCUCUCUCAGUGGGGAGCCCAGGAGACCUCUCCACCAAGUGAGGAUGUGUAUCCAGUGUGCUCCUUAGCUAUGAACACUGUGCCAAAGCUAUGGUUGCCUAUGGAAAAGGAUCAGCGGCUCUCACAGGUUCCUAGGAAGUAAAGAGGUCUUUCCUUUCCCUUCCCAUCUCUGAACAGAGUACUCAGCAGCACUUCUGUCCAUGUCUUGUUCCCUCGGGCCUGAGCCGAUAGUCUGAGACCUUUGUCACUACUGAUUCAGCAUCUCCACAGAUGACAUCAAAUCUGAACAAGUGACAGGAAUGAGCUCAAUGUUUUUUGUCCCCAGAGCUAAAGGCCCUGGCCUGGCACUCUGAGAGCCCUCAGACCAGAUGGAAGAUUAAACAACACUUGUGCCCAGGGCAAGCAACCCUGACUACCUCCUCCCUCCUGGAGUGGUCCUCGGGAGGACACUGGAGGGCCCAACAGGACACCUGGUGAAAUGCCAGCCUCUCUUCCUCAGUCUAGGCAUCUCACACUUCUGUCUCCUGGCAGUUUUUUCCAGAUUCUGCUAUCAAAUGCUGGGGAAGCUGGGCAUGAGCCUCAAUGAGGGUGAGGAGAGAUGACUAGGACAGCUCUCCCUUCAAGGCUGGCCCAGGUUCCUGCAGCUGGAUCUGGAUUUCUGGCCGAGCAUCAAAAUUAUAAAAGGCCUCCAGUUUACCAGCAUCUAGUGGUGUCAUUUAAAGGUCUCUUACUGCAGUGGAGCUUGGACCCUCCAUGGUGUGAUUCUACUUGACAGCUGAUUUUUCAUUUUAAUUAAGAUGUUACUGAUUUAUUGAUUAAUCACUGUUGUGAGCACAGUAGUCUCCAAAGUUCC